AUGAAUAACCAGUCGAUGACGGGGAGGACCAUGGUCCCGACCAUUCCGUCCAUUAUGUUCAUUUUCGGGGUGGUUGGGAAUGUCAUCGCCAUCGUGGUUCUUUGUAAAUCUCGCAAAGAACAGAAGGAGACGACGUUUUACACGCUGGUGUGCGGACUGGCGGUCACGGACCUCCUGGGCACGCUGCUGGCCAGUCCGGUCACCAUCGCCAUUUAUGUGAAGGGCUCGUGGCCCGGAGAGGACCCGCUGUGCCAGUACUUUGGAUUCACCAUGCUUUUCUUCUCUCUGGCUGGACUCAGCAUCAUCUGUGCCAUGUCAGUGGAGAGGUACAUCGCUAUUAACCAUGCUUACUUCUACAAUGACUUUGUGGAUCAAAAACUGGCGGGCUUGACUCUCGUAGCGAUCUACAUCUCCAAUGCGCUUUUCUGCGCACUGCCGAUUAUGGGCUUUGGACAGGUGAAGAAACAAUACCCGCAAACCUGGUGUUUUCUGGAGUGGAGGAGCAACAAGACCAGCGAUGCCGCCUACACGUACAUGUAUGCGGGGUUCAGCUCUCUGCUUAUUCUGGUCACUGUUAUUUGUAACGUGCUGGUGUGUGUGGCUUUGAUCCGGAUGCACCGGCGCUUCGUGCGCAGGAUGUCACUGGGAACCGAUCUGGGGCGCAACGAGGACCCGCGUAGGAGAGGACGCAGCUUUGGACGUCUGGCUGGUGCCGAGAUUCAGAUGGUCAUUCUGCUCAUAGGCACAUCGGCAGUGAUCCUUAUCUGCUCCAUCCCACUUGUUGCUCAGGUGUUUCUAAACCAGCUUUACAAGACUCCAGUGGAGCUGCAGCUGGAAAAAAACCCUGAUCUACGAGCGAUACGCUUUGCCUCCUUCAAUCCUAUUCUUGAUCCCUGGAUCUACAUCCUGCUCCGCAAGGCUGUUCUCCUCAAGCUCAUCGAGAAGAUCAAGUGCCUCUUUUGUAAAAUGGGAGCAAGGAGGCAACAGAGACAGGGCAACUUCCCCUGCAUAGACGCUCAUCAGCUCUCCUCGGUCAUCUCUAACCGAGACUCCCAAUCUUUGGUGUCUCAUGACCUGCGGGAUGUCACCAGCACCUCGCAGACCUUCCUCUAUCUGCCAGAGGGAAGUGAAUUGUACACUGGAAGCUGUCACAAGUCAGACAGACUCACUAGUUCACAACCUUCUUCAGUCAGAAACUCGCAAGUUUCUUUUUCCUCUGAGAAGGGCAGCAUUGAGGCUGAGACCAGAGAAAGGACAAACGUAAGCACAGGUUUUUCAGCCGUGCCACGUCCAAAAGAUCCGGCACUUCAGGUGACGUUGAACACAGAGACGGUGGAGGAGAAACGUAUCUGACUCUGAGUGAGGAGAAUGUGCUCAUGUUGCUCUGAGGUUUCUACUGACUUACUUCUUCAUCAGAGAACUCUUAAACCCCUGAAAAAAAAAAAAGCAGGGGUAGGCACAUAUAAAUAAUAACUCCUGAAGAAGUGCUGUGAACUUUGUUCCCUGUCUCAGCACCCAGCUACCUCAGCGAUGACCAUUUCUGACUGUUCAUGCAGAUGCUGUCAUUUUGCCCAGGACAGAUGUUACACAGAGCUCACAAAUGGAAAAACACAUUCCUAAAUUCACCUACUUUGCUCAAACCUUCACUGUAAAGCAAACGUAGCCAGAGUUUUAGAAUAAUUGAGUCACACACUUGUGGUCAAUUUGGUGAAAGAACACAGUACAGAAUGUGAUUGUAAUGCGUAAUCACUCGCAUGUGUGCUCCCGUUGGAAGGAUCGAUUCCUUCAGACAAACUCUAUUGUCCACUGCUUUUUGAAGGCUCCAUGACUAAUGUACAGCACAGUUUUAUAAUGUGGUGAACACUGAUGUUUUUGUUCCCCGAGCCUGGAAUACACGCAAUUAUGUCAUCUCAAAUUAUAAAAGAAAAUCAUUUUCCACCUUUCACUGAAGGUACAAAGAUCUUUGUGCCAUCGCCAUUAGCACCAAACUGCCUAAUUCUGACUGGAAAUUAUGAACAUUGUUCCCCCGGCUACAGAAGACGUGGUGUAAAUCAGCAGACAAAUGUUGAUUAAUGCGCAGUAUUAAGCUGUCAGCUCGAGAAAAAUGGUGUUUCCAAAUGAUCGAUGUUGUGUAAAAUGCCUUUUGUAAUAAAAUUAUUCUUCUCUAGGAGAAGGUUCUAAUCAGUAAAUCCUACACAUGUAGGGCUUACCAGUGUAAAA